AUGCUCCACAUAGCUGCUCGGCACAACCGACACGAUGCCGUGCUAAGAGAGAUCAAGAACGGCGCAGAUGUUAGCGUUCAGAAUCGAGACUUGCAGACGCCGCUGCAUGUGGCAUGUCGACACGGCCAUCUGAAGAUCGCGAGGACUCUGAUCGAGAACGGCGCUCAGAUCGAGGUUGAGAAUGACCACGGAGAGAGUCCGCUGCAAAUAGCGAAGAGCAGAGGAUACGUUGAAAUCGUUCGGCUGUUGGUUUUGGAGGGUACUCUGGCUGGUCGUGCUAGGCAUGGAAAUCCUGGCAAUGGGCUCAAGCCGCUUUGCGCUGGACGCAAAUAG